AUGAAAUUCCAUCUUGGGAGAAAACGUCCCACAGUAAGCUCAAUAAAAGCGAAGCGUCACUUCUGCGUGGAGUGCGGCGCCGGCUUCUUCCAGAAGCAGGAGCUGCGCGGGCACGUGGCGGCGCACACCGGCGCCAACGAGUUCCAGUGCGCGCUCUGCGAUAAAAGUUAUCCUCGCAAGAAAGCGCUGGACGUCCACAUGAGAGGCCACCGCGACGAGCGUCGGUUCCACUGCGAACUCUGCGGCAAAAAGUUCCUGCAAAAAUGCACUUUGAUUACACACGCUAAGACACACAACCGCGCGGAAUUACAGAAGAAACUGGACGUCUUAUAACCUCGUAAGGCCCAAUGUACAUUAUAAUAUACACUGCGUUUCAAUGUAAUUAUAACCUUAAACCAAA